CUAUUAUUAAGUUUUUUUUUUUUUUUGGUCCCUCUCCACGGCACCUGUCGCAGGUCGGUUCUCCCGUGGAAACGAUGUCACCAGCUUUCAGAAUUCAGCACCGGCUGUGUGAACGAUGGCUAUGGCGGAAGGCCACAGAGCCAAAGCUUUUCAAAGCUUUCAAACCGGUUUUUUUUCUAUUCAUUGGAGAUUUCCAGCUUCCUCUUGAAGUUAAUGACGCAAAAGGAAAGCUAAUUAUGGCGUUCCCAAUCCCUACCACUGCAGCUCUAUUAAAUGCCUUUUCAACUACUGGAUUUGCAUCUUCGUUCAAUGAGUGUGCCUUUCUCUGCGCUUCUCCCGAUUUUCUGCUCUUCUUGCUCCUCCGUUGCUUCCAUUUCAAAUUCUAGGUUUGUUCAUUCUGUGAUUCAAUUUCCGCCAACUUCGUUCACUUCUUGCGCCUCCGUUGCUUCGAUUUCGAAUUCUAGGUUUGUUCAUUUGCUGAAUCUUGUUGCAAACAGAGCCUCAGAUUCGCAACCAGAUCCGGCUAAACCAGCUCUCAGCUCAUCGCGAAAAUGAAGGAAGCAAGCUUACACGAUCCAGUGCUUUGUUUCGUCUUCAUUCUCUCCACGAGUUUUCUGUUACCGGAUUCAUCGGUGGGAGAUUCGAGAGCUCAAACAAUUGAAUUCAAGUGUGGGCACCGUCAAGAGCACAACCGAACGAUCUACGUCGGGAACUUCGUAGCGACAAUGGAGAACAUCAGCGAGCAGAUUAGGACUUCUGGUUUUGGGAUGGCCAUCACUGGCUCGGGGCCGGACACUAGCUACGGCCUUUCGCAGUGCUAUGGCGACCUCUCAUUGCUCGACUGCACCUUGUGCUAUGCUGAGGCGCGUACUGUUCUUCCGCAGUGUUUCCCUUACACUGGUGGACGGAUUUUCCUCGACGGAUGCUUCAUGCGAGCCGAGAAUUACAGCUUCUUCCAUGAGUUUUCGGAGCCAGAAGACCGAGCCUUGUGCCGCAAUACAACGCGGAAGGGCUCGGCGUUUCAGGAAUCAGCUAGGCAGGCUGUACGGAAAGCUGUUUCAGUUGCGUUGAAGAAUAAUGGCUAUGGCAGGACUCAGGUGCGAGUAGCAGGGACGAGCAACGAGUCAUCUUAUGUUCUGGCCAAUUGCUGGAGACCACUGGGCGCCAGCUCUUGCAGAGCAUGCUUGGAGAAUGCAUCGGAGUCUAUGCUGAGAUGUUUGCCUUUUGCUGAGGGGAAAGCGCUCAAGACUGGAUGCUUCAUGAGGUAUUCCGAUAAGAAUUUUCUGAAUCCAGAGCUGGGGAAUGGAAAUUCAACAGAGACCAUAGUCGUGACGGUAGUUGUUGUUGUUGGCUCCGUUGUUGUUCUGGCAGUUGUGGGUGUUAUUGGAGGCUACAUCUGGAAGCAGAGAGUGAUUGAGAAGAAGAGAAGAGGAUCAAGUGAUGCAGAGAAAUUGGCGAAUACCCUUCAUGACGGUAGCUUAAAUUUCAAGUACUCCACGCUCGAGAAAGCAACGGGAUCUUUUGAUGAAGCAAAUAAGCUUGGCCAGGGAGGAUUUGGAACAGUUUACAAGGGGCUUUUGCCAGAUGGAAGAGAAAUUGCAGUCAAGAGGCUGUUCUUCAAUAACAGACACAGAGCAGCAGAUUUCUAUAAUGAAAUCAACAUAAUUAGCACUGUGGAGCACAAAAAUCUGGUCAGGCUGCUGGGCUGCAGUUGUUCAGGACCUGAAAGCCUUCUUGUCUAUGAGUUCCUCCCAAACAAGAGUCUCGAUCGCUUCAUCUUUAGUCCAGAAAAAAGUAGAACACUGAACUGGGAUAGGAGGUAUGAAAUAAUUAUAGGCAUAGCAGGUGGUCUGGUCUACCUUCACGAAAACACAAAAACAAGGAUCAUCCAUAGAGAUAUAAAAGCCAGUAACAUCUUACUUGAUUCAAGGCUGCGUGCCAAAAUUGCUGAUUUUGGGUUGGCAAGGUCUUUCCAAGAAGACAAGAGCCACAUCAGCACAGCAAUUGCAGGAACUCUGGGAUAUAUGGCUCCAGAAUACUUGGCCCAUGGGCAGCUAACAGAGAAGGCAGAUGUUUACAGUUUUGGGGUUCUUUUGUUAGAGAUAGUCACAGGAAGGCAAAACAACAUCAGCAGAACCGCAGAAUAUACAGACAGCCUACUCACAAUUGCAUGGAAGCAUUUCCGGCAAGGACAGGCAGAGGAACUCUUCGAUCCAAACCUCAUGCUGCAGAACUCCCACCAGAACGCCUACAUUAGAAAUGAUGUUUUGAGAGUGAUCCACGUAGGGUUUCUGUGCACUCAAGAGGCUCCAUCUUUACGGCCGUCAAUGUCAAAGGCCCUGCACAUGCUCACAAAGAAAGAUGAGCAGCUCCCUCCACCAACAAAUCCUCCUUUCAUAGAAGAGAAGACCAUGGAACUCAAUGACACUUGUGAGAGUCCAUGGUAUCCCCUUUGUAGUGGCGAUUCUGCUUCACUUGCCCGUGUCUCCUACAGUUCCUUCUACCCCAGGUGCGCGUGGCUGUGAGUGUUGGGGGAGGAAUGUGGCUGGCAACGGCGACAACUGCCGUCGGAGCUGCCAAGCCAUGGCCAAUUUCUAUUUGGGGAUAGGGUUCAUCGCGAAGAAGAAGAAGCCGACGCAAAAGAAGCAGAAGAAGAAGACGACGCAGAAGAAGCAAGUUCAAACAUGACGUCCAAGAAGACAACACCGAACCUAGGGAGAGCAAAGGGGAUUCGAAGCCACGAACCAAGAUACCAUCAAUCUUGGUCAUGGUGCAACCCCACACAGAAUCACAAUCAAUGGAAUGACGGCACAGGGCUACGUUCUUACCUGCGGUUUCCGACCACCCACGGCACCAAGAAGAAGAAGAGAGAGAGAGAGAGAGAGAGAGAGGAAGAAGAAGAAGAAGAUUGCGCAAAAGAAAGAGCGAGAACAAAGAGUCGGUUGCUAAAUAAAUCUCGCAAGAGGGGAAGAUAUUGUUUCCAUGGAAGGAAAGGUGUGACAUUGUCGAUUCGUGAACGAGGGAUGAGAAGGUGGAAGUUUGAUCCACGCCUCCAAGGAAGGAAUCGGCAGCAGUUGCGGAGAAGAGGAAGAGAGGGCUCCCUUUGCACAUGGGCUCGACUCUCGAUGAUAAGGCGCAGAAAACGGGCCUUACUACUUAUUUAAUAAGACUAGCUGAUGAAAAAUAAAAAGCUCUAUUUGGAGCAACGGAAAUUGCGGCAGCAACCAAUUUGAUAAAACUCUUGAAGACUAUAUUAUUAUUUUGUUGCGGGACGAGUAGCCAGAGUUGUAAUGGCUGUUUGCUUUCUCGUGCUAGAAUAUGGUCUUCCAUUCUGGUCCAAGGGCAUUGUUUAAA